CUUUCCUUCGGAGGCCGGUAACGACAACUCCGCGUCCCGCUUUACCCCUUCUUCUCCCCCGCCCCGCUUCACCACAAGGUCUCAGCGCGACCGCGAGUCCCCGCCGACGAAGCUACCGCCGUAAGCCGCCGCGACCAGGAGAGAAGCGGUCAAGUUCCGACAUUCAAUCCGAGCGGAGCGCGAUCCGGUAGCUCGGCGGCCAGCCAUGUCUGGCGUGUUCGGAAGGGUGUUCGGGAAGUCCAAGGAGCAGAGCCAGGCCUCCGCGCUGGCCUCCAUAGACAAGCUUAGCGAGACUCUUGAAAUGUUAGAAAAGAAGGAAAACUUGCUAAUGAAGAAGGCGAACCUUGAGGUUGAGAAGGCCAAGGCGUUCACCAAAGCCAAGAACAAGAAAGCUGCAAUACAGUGCUUGAAGAGGAAGCGGCUAUAUGAGCAACAGGUCGAGCAGCUUGGGAAUUUCCAAUUAAGGAUACAUGAUCAGAUGAUAAUGCUGGAAGGUGCGAAAGCUACGACAGAGACUGUGGAUGCAUUGAGAACCGGAGCAUCAGCAAUGAAAGCUAUGCACAAAUCAACAAAUAUUGAUGAUGUUGACAAGACCAUGGAUGAAAUCAACGACAAUAUGGAGAAUAUGAGACAGAUCCAGGACCUAUUAUCUGCACCUAUUGGAGCAGCAAGUGAUUUCGACGAAGAUGAGCUGGAAGCUGAACUUGCGGAUUUGGAGGGGGAGGAGUUGGAGGCAGAGCUACUAGCACCUACCACGACUGCUCCUACAACUGCUCCAGUGCGUGUAACUGCCCAACCAAGUCGGACCCCGGCUCAGAGUAGUAAAACUGAAGAUGAUGAGCUAGCAGCCUUACAAGCAGAGAUGGCUAUGUAAUUAGUUUACAUGUCUUGGUGUGGUCAUGUUUAGAGACCAAAUACUGCAAAUAUGUUGGGACUUCGGUGUUUUCAUUCAGGUCUUCCUUGGAAGACUUCAGAGUUCAGACAGAAACAGCUGCUUCUCAACCUGACCACAUAUGUACGAUAUUUGUUUGUAAUCAAACUUCUCGAAUGCACUAUUGAGGAUAUUAUCAACUAAUAAAGGGCAUCUGCCGUCAUUGUGUAUCA